CAAGUAAAGGAAAAUUUAUAUCAAUAAAUUAUUCCUGAAUUAUUAUCUACCAGAGUAAAUUAUUCCAUUAAAAUCUUGUAAAAAUUGUGGUAGUGAAAGGGAAUGGGAUAAAGUUUAUACUAAAUUUUAUCUUAAUUUCUACUAAUUUUAUUCCUCUAUUAAAGUUUAUCAAGUGAAUUUUAUUCAUUUCCUCAAACGGCGAGUUUUCUCUGUUUUCUUUACUAUGAAAACUCAUACACGUAAAGCAAAACAUAAGAAAAAAGUAAAAUGAGAAAAAUGCGGCGUAAUAGAAGCUUUUCCAGUCCAAAAUAUUUUUUUGGGCAAAGAAUAAAAUGCUUAUGCAAAGGAAAAUUUGAUUAAUUCAAGAUCCCAAAUACGAUAGAUCUUCAAAUAUUCAUCCAGAAUAUGGAGAAACUUUUUUCUUUGAUCAUCUUUCUGCUGCUUUUGCAAAAGAGCUUUCUUACAAAAGAUUUAACCGUCACAAGAUCAGCAAAAGAGUCAAAUAUUACAAAUGAUCCAUGGAGAAUUCACUGCCAUCAUUGCACUGGAGAUUUACAAAGUGAAUGCGCUUACUACCUAACCAAUAAUUCAUCUUCCAUUGAAUGUCCUUCUGUCAAUGAUGAUGAUGACUUCAGGAAAUGCUACGUUAGCGUAGUUAAUGGAACUGUCCAUCGGGGAUGUAUAACAGAUAACUUUUGCUAUCAGCAUACCUGUACUAUAUGUAAACACAACGAUUGUAAUUCAUGGGCUGUAGCAAGAGGAAAGUGCAUUCAAUGUAAUUCUUUUGCUGAAAGUGAAAUGUUUCAUCCCAAAUGCAAGGAUAAACCCGAAGAACUUCCACCUACUGACUGCGUCAGCAUGAAAUAUGCGAAUUUCAAGUACAAAGGAUGUUACAGCAGAAUUAUAGAUGAAACUAUCAAGAAGAAAACCUUGCUAUCCACACAAACGUAUGACGAAGAGAAAGUUUCCUAUAUUGAACGUAACUGCCUCUAUUUCUUUAGAGCAUAUGGGGAUUCUCGAUGCUAUGAUAGCAAUGAUAGCAGCUGUAUUCAAUGUAUGGAGGAUGGAUGCAAUAUACAUAGUCCUAAUUCAAGUGGAAAGCUCUUUUCUAACGUUUUUAUAAUUUUAUUGAGCUUCUUUCUAUGUGCUAAAAAUCACAACAACUUUAAAAUAUUACUGAUAGUUAUUAGUAUUCUAAAACUUCUUCAUGUUUGUUCUGCCUUAUCGUGUAUUAAAUGCGAUUCAUCGCAACAUGAAAGUUGCCAUUUCUUGCAAACAAUUAAUUCCUCCAAGAAAUGCGUUGGAAGACUCCCUGAAGGAAUUGUUGAAGAUCAAUGCUUUAUAAUAUUUAAAGAAUUUUCAUUGGUAACAAUUCGUGGCUGUUUGUCGGAGAAUCCAUAUUUAGUUGACAUUUGCGAAAAUGAAAAGAGAAACUGCACCACAUGCCUUGAAGAUCACUGCAACAUUAAUCAGACAAUAAGGGAACGUUGUGCAAUCUGUGAUACUGCAACAGAUCCAAAAUGUGCCACAACACCACAUUUCUUCGUACAAAUGUGCCCAUUUGUUCAUGAAUACGAGAAUGGUGGAUGUUACUUUCACAAGAGAAGAGAUGGAGGGAUUCAGAGGGGUUGCAUAGGAGCUGGAGCAAUGGAAUUUAUUGAAAAUUGUCCUGCGGGGGAGGAAUGCAAAAUAUGCAAAGGAAACUCUUGCAACACCGAAGUGAAUAUUGAGGAAUCAAGUGAAAGGCUUUGGUGUCAUCAGUGCCAAGGAAGUCUCACCUCAGACUGCGCUUACUAUCAACCUGGAAUAAAAUCCACACCAUGCAGCGGAGAAUUGGAAGUUGGUAGAAGAGAACAAUGCUACGUUGGGUUCGAUAUCAAUCCCUACAAUCAAGAAUUUAACAUUUUUCGUGGAUGUACUGGAGGAAAAUUUUGUAAUAUACAUGAGUGCCUAAUAUGCAACAAUCGUCAUUGCAACCAUCACAAUAGAUUUGAAGAAAGACUCGUUCCGUGUAUUCAGUGUAGCUCUAAUACCGAUGAUGGGGAUUAUAGAGAAGAAUGUAUGGAUAAACCGAAAGAAAUUUUGCCAAGAGAUUGUAAACAGGAUGAUUACUUUGCAGCUCAAGAUUCUGGUUGUUACAGUAUUCGCCUCGAGAAAAUUGUUGAUGGAAGAAUUACGUCUUUUAUUCGACGUGGAUGCAAAUAUUCAAUGGAACCAGACUCUAGAUGUUAUGACGAUGCUGAUCCAUCAUGUGUCCUGUGUGAGGGAUUUGCUUGUAACAUUCACAAUGUUAACAUGGGGACAAUCCUCUAUUCAACAGGAUCUCUCUAUAUUCUAGGCCUUUUUAAAUUAUUAGUAAUUGUUAUAAAAAAUAUACAAGAAUGUUGAAAUAUUUAUUUUUAGAAAAAAAAAUAAUCUCAGGAAUAUUGCAAAUAAAAGGUCGAUUCUGAUAAAAAUCUUUUAUUUUCUUUUCUAAAAACUUUAAAAAAAAUGUAAGAUUUUGACACAUUAUAUUUUUUAAUAGUUCUAUUGUUGUUCUAAUAAAAAAAAAUAAAGAAUUUAUUGCUCCAGGAAACAUCCAGAAAGAUCUUUAAUACUUGGGGGACACGAAUUUCUAACAUCAAACAUUGAGCUUAAUUUUCUAUUAACAAGAAAAUGUUUUUCCAGAUUUUCAUUUGGAGUACUUCUAGUAAUUGAAGUCGCCUACAGAUUUUAAUCUAUUGCGAUUUAAAAAAAAGUCGGAUUGGCAGAGAUUACCAGUUUUGUCCUCCAAGUGUUAACGAUCCCUCAAAAAGGAAUUUUCCUUCAAACCCCCGAUUAAAGAAGAAAUACCCAACAAUUUUAUAACUGAAGAAUUGUAAGAAAAAAAAAACAUUUAUAUCAGAAUCUAUCUUAA